AAGCUUGUCUGCUGGAGGAUUUGACGAUCUCGUAUCGCGAGAUCAGAUGUACUGUUUUACACGUCCGAGUGUCCUAUUCCCGUCCUGUUUCCACUGGCCACCACCUCCAAACAACAAACAUCAUCCCGUCCUGUCCUGUUUCCGCUGACGACCAUCACCAAAGAACCAAUGCCAUCCGACCCUCGCAACUCCUCUAAAUCCGCUGCCAAGGCACCAUCAUUCGGCCGGCAUAUCCAGCUAACAUAGCGCACCACCGGCGCACCCGGCGCGGGGACAGCGGGGCAGCGUCAUAUAUGGCUGUCGGGCCUUCCGAAAGCCCAUCGUCGUGCAUACCUACAUAAACCCAAAACACCACCACCACCGACAUCAAGAUGGCCACCGCACCCGCCCCCGUCCUCGAGCUCGUAACCCUGCGCAUCACCGUCUCGCAAGAGGAAGCGCUCGCAAAGCAGGCCGCGCCAAUCAACAACACCCUCCGCAAGGCGCCGGGGUUCCAGCACAUCACGUGGGGGUUCCAGGCUGAGGACCCAACGGUUCUGCACUGGUUGAUCCGCUGGGAGUCCCUCGCGCACCACGAGGCGCUGAUCGCCUCGCCCGCGUACGGGCCAUUCGUAACCCUCCUCACGACCUUCGCGACACCGGCUCUGAUCCACUCCACGGUCACCGUUCCGCCUGCCGCAGUGGUGGAAUGGAUCACAGUGACAUUGACGGCAGACGCGGACCACGGCUCGCACGUUGCGCGCGCCGGCGCGCUCAAGGACGCGCUGCACGGCGUUCCCGGCUUCAAAGGAAUCGACUCCGCUACCGUCAUCGAGAAUGAGCGCGCUAUCGUCUCCCUGGUUGGCUGGGACUCGGUGCAGGCGCAUGAUGACUGGAGGAGCAGUCAGACGCCUGAGUUGACGGAAAAGCUCCUGGCUGUAUAUCAGGGGAAGGAUGUGGCUGCCGUGUCGAUGUGGCAUGUCGUCGUUAAGGGCGAGGCUGGGCCUGCGUGAGCAGGUGAGAGUAGGGAAUGUUACCUAUAUAUCUUGUAGUUACCAGUGGAGCAGAGAUGUAUGUAGAGAGUACGCAAUGCCGAUGAGAUACCUACCAACGACAGCUCACGAACAAAGAUAUUCUGUGACGUCCGUUGUUGUCCGGCCCCCUGGCAUGCCCGGCUGGCCAUGACGAACUACUAUAGCCCCCACAGGGAAGAUGUGUAGUCCGCGUUUACCGC